AUGAAUCCAAGUCUGCUCAUUAUAAUAAAAUUGCUGGAAAAAAAUGCAGCUGAACUCAAGGAUAUAGAAGAAUUGUUGUUUGAAAUUUUGAAGCAAAUAUAUUCAGAUGAUGAAAAUGACGAGUAUCAAGAAGGUGCAAUGGCCUAUGUUGUAUUAAGGAACUUUGCAACCUAUGAUUUGGAUAAUAAUGUGAUAAUAAUUUGCCUCAUCACAAAAGCUGAUCAUAGAACUAAUUGGAAAUUAAAUGGUGAAAAAUCAACAUUUGAAAAUAUUCAGAGUACAGUUGGAUCUUUUAAUAUAAAAGUUGAUAAUAAAGAUUUAAGCAAUUAA